AUGGGCGGUUCCAAGUCGUUCGGCGGCUGCAGACGCUUGCAGCUUCCGCUACAGGUCGAAUACGACUCCGCACAUUACCCAGUUGGUGGUCCUCCUAAUUUUCGUGAGUGCCACCACUGGACUCCACAUUGCUUGACCGUUCUCGUAUUCUUCCUGGCGACCGGUCGUGCUGUGCUAGCGGCCGACGCUCCGCCAACACACGGGCAACGCUGGCCGCGCCUCGUCAAUGCGGGAGAAGACUCCUCGUCUCCGAGGUGGAUACCUUUGGAUAGCUCAGCAUGGUUGUCUGCUAACUCCCCGCAGGUAUACGCGGCAGCUUUUGAGGAAGCAGCCGGAGCCGCCGGCAACGAUCCGACGGCGUACGUGACUGAAUCGUUUCUACUCGUCGACGGAAUCGAAGCUCUCGUGAAUUUGGCGCCAGCGGAAGCUCUGGUGAAAGCACGAAUUGGAAAUAUGGCCAGUCGACAUUAUGGGAAAGCCAAAUGUCUGGCACUGGGUCUAGAACGGUUGGAACUACAGCAUUUUCAGGAAGGAUGGCCAAAUCCGCCUGUGUUCCCUUCUGAUUGGGCUACAACAAAAAAAUAUCCUGCUUCAGGCCUCAGGUUCUUCGUGCAGAGCCAAAUACUUGCCAGUGAGGUGGAAGUUGGCGUGCUUCUCCUGCUACGGUAG